AUUACAGUACAUCCUCAAACGCACUAAAACGAUGAACACGUUUUGCGCUUUUUUCUUGACCGGGUUGGUGGCUUAUUGCGAUGCGGUCUCGUUUCAAAUCACCAACAAAGACGGCGGUCCUAUUUGGAUAGGUAUUCAGGGUAAUCCCGGUCACGAACAUUUAGCCAACGGAGGGUUCGCGUUGCAACAGGGCGAAACGAGGGUGCUUUCGGCAGCCGGCGAUUGGGCCGGUAGGUUCUGGUCCAGGACUUGGUGUUACGCGGAUCAAAACAACCAUUGCCUUACCGGCGAUUGCGGAAACAAGCUGGAAUGCGCUGGGGCGGGUGGUACUCCUCCCGCUACCCUUGUAGAGAUUACCCUAGACGGUUACGGCGGUAUUGACUAUUACGACAUCUCCUUGGUCGACGGUUACAACAGCAUGGCAUCGAUCGAGCCAGUUAACGGCCAAGGCGACGGAGGCCAGUACAGCUGCAAAAAGGCCCAGUGCGGGAGCAACGUCAACAUCAACUGUCCCGCAGAACUCCAGCUCAAGAACGACGAGGGCACCGUGAUCGCUUGCAACUCGGCUUGCAACGCGUUCCUUACGGAAGAGUACUGUUGUUCCGGUUCGCACAGCACCCCGGAAACCUGCAGGAGUUCGGAAUGGCCCGUCGACUAUCCCUCUUACUUCAAAAAUCAAUGCCCCGACGCCUACAGCUACGCCUACGAUGACAACAAGAGCACCUUCACUUGCUCCGCGCAGCAGUACAACUUGGUCUUCGGUGGGGUUUAGGAUAUGACGAAUUUUUUUUUAAUUACUUUGUAUUAAAAUCAAUAAAUUUU